AUGGAAGAAGCAGAGGAGUAUCUUGUGUUAUCUGGUAUAACAAUGUCCUCUGUUAAUGUUUCAUUGUUUACAUUAACCAUCACAUGUGAAACUCUGCUAUUGUUAUUGCUGUUACUUUUAAAAUAUUUGUGGGCAUCGAAUAUGCUGAGUCAGGAUAUUGGAUACUCGAAGCUUGCGCAUUUGGCUCCGCAGUAUGGACUGUACUCAAGCUUUGUUCCACCACUGAUUUAUGCAUUUAUGGGGAGUUCUCGCAAUAUAGUAAUAGGACCGGUGGCUGUGGUUUCUCUCUUGAUGGGGACUUUGCUUAGUAACGAGAUUGAUCUGGUUGCUCAUAAAGAAGAAUAUCAAAGACUUGCUUUUACAGCCACAUUUUUCGUUGGGAUUACACAAGCAACUCUUGGUAUUUUCAGGUUAGGAUUUUUGAUUGAUUUCCUAUCCCAUGCUGCUAUUGUUGGUUUUAUGGGAGGUGCUGCCAUCACAAUUGGCCUUCAAUAG